AUGGCGGCCCAAGAAAGAAUGUCACGGCAGACGAAGCCGUGGCACUUGGUCAAAGCCAGGCACGAGAGCCUCUUCAACCCUCACCAGCGAUACUGGUAUCAGAAUGUCGGAUACGUGCUGGGGUCGCUUCUCAACAGCUCUGGAUACGCCCAAAUGAGCCAGAUCAACAUCCUUCACCACUUCGCGAACCUCGUCACACCACAUCUGGGCUCUGCAUUUCGCAUAGGACUGCCACGAUGGAGAAGCUUCAUGACGGACGAUUUCACGCCUGUACAAUUGGGCUGGGACUUUCACACAGGCCCCGAGAAACCGGCCAUUGAUUAUUCUGUCGAGCCGAUCGGACUGGACGCUGGCACGGCUGUGAAUCUACAAAACUCUAUGGCUGCGGGAGACUUCAAGAAGGGUCUGGUAGAGGCCUUUCCGGAGAUCGACACUACUCUUUUUGACCAUUUCCAUUCAUGCUUCGACCAACUUUGGAUAGGAGCUGGCCCUGGUCAUCAGUCCACCAUGUUCUGGGGAUUCACGCUCGAGGAAAACACAAUCACGAACAAAGCCUACUUUUUCCCGGGAGCCAUGGCACGAGCAACGCAUCAACCCACGCUGGCCGUGAUUCGAGGUGCAGUCGAAUCUGCCCGUGGAUACACUCAAGGAAAGAUGACUUCUUUCAAGCUCCUUGCCGACUAUGUCAGCCAGCGUCCAGAACUGCGUCUUGAGAUUGAGAUGUUUGCACUGGACUUGGUUAAGGAAGAUGAGUCGAAACUUGAAGUUUACUUUCGUGAUAGAAGGACAAACUUUGAAGCUGUUAAGGAGACAAUGUCUUUAGGAGGGCGACUGCAAGAACUGAGCUUUGAGAUGGGGAUUCGGAAGCUACGUCGGCUUUGGGAUGCUUUGCUGGGAACACAAGGUGUACCCGACAACAUCACCCUUCCAUAUAAGUAUCACAGAACGGCUGGAAUUCUUUACCACUUCGAGUUCGGCAUGAACGUCCAGACACCAAAGGUCAGGGUCUAUAUACCAGUGCGGCAUUACGCAGAAAACGAUCAGCAAAUCCUCAACGCCCUGACAGGAUUCAUGAGCGAAGAGGCUGGGGAUAACGACACCCAAACAUUUCUGGAGAGUGCAACAAGAUAUUCGGAAUGCUUGCAGAGCACUUUUGAUUCAGCGGCGCUUGAGAACAGCCUUGGCGUACAGACGUAUAUCGGCUGUUCCAUAGAAAACGGGAAUUUGAGGAUCGUGUCUUACAUCAAUCCCCAGGUGGGAAAAUUGCGCAACCGCGUCCUUUGA